AUGGCCUCCAGCACGGUAGUACAACAAAGCACGAAGCGCCACACACACAUGGUCAUCUUCCUCCAUGGCCGUGACAGCAAUGCAACAGAGCUUGCAUCCGACAUUUUCGAGAGUCAGGGCACCGAUGAUAAGACAUUUCCGGAGACCUACGAGAACGUAAAGUGGGUAUUCCCCACGGCACCAGAGACCGUCUCAGCUCGCUUCGGGGGCGAUCUGAUGUCACAGUGGUUCGAUAUGUGGACGACAGAACAACCACACGAGCGACAAGAGUCUCAAGACCUCUCGAAGCAGGUAUCAAGGCUUCACGAUAUCAUAAACGAAGAGGCGACACUUAUUGGCUACGACAACCUCUUUCUCGCCGUCAUCAGCCAAGGCUGUGCCAUCGGAAUCCAAGCACUGCUUACACAAGAGCAUCGCCUUGCUGGAUUCCUCGGCCUCAACAGUUGGAUACUGCAAGAAGACAAGCUACGAGCAAAAGCGAACGCAACAGCACUCUCGACACCAGUUUCCUUGUGCCAUACCAAGGACGACGAUGUCAUCAACAUCAGCUACGGCCAGGACCUGAGAGACAAGCUGAGAGAUAUGGGAGCGCAAGUGACAUGGUGCGACUGUGAAGAUGGGGGCCACUGGUUGAACAAGCCCAAGGGUGUGGACGACGUGGUCGCAUUCGUGAAUAAGGCGAUGAUCCGGACAGCUGAGUGA